CAUUUUCUGAUGCAGCCUAUGAAGAAUACGCAGUGAAAAUCCUGGCUGGCAUUAGCAAGUGGAAUCAUUGACCAAAUCUCAAACCUUAGUAUAACCCAUCUUAUAUUCUGUAGUACCUCACGAUUAAAGAAUCAUGUAUGGAAGCGCGAGAACAAUCAGUAAUUUGGAAGGCAGCCCUUCCAGGUCCCCGCGUUUGCCAAGAUCUCCUCGUUUGGGCCACCGAAGAACAAACAGUGGAGGAGGUGGGGGAACAGGUAAGACUUUAUCAAUGGAGAACAUCCAGUCCCUUAAUGCGGCCUAUGCAACGUCCGGACCGAUGUAUCUAAGUGACCAUGAGGGGGUGGCAUCUACUACUUUUCCAAAGGGCACCAUGACGCUUGGAAGGGCUACAAAUCGAGCUGUAUACGGGGGCCGAGUGACCGCCAUGGGGAGCAGCCCCAAUAUUGCUUCAGCUGGACUUUCCCACACUGAUGUGCUUUCUUACACCGAUCAGCAUGGAGGCCUGACCACUUCAUCGCAUCAUCACCACCAUCAGGUUCCCUCUAUGUUGAGGCAGGUAAGAGAUAGCACCAUGCUAGAUCUGCAGGCUCAGCUUAAGGAGCUACAGAGGGAAAAUGACCUCCUCAGGAAAGAGCUGGACAUUAAGGAUAGCAAGUUGGGAUCUUCUAUGAAUAGCAUCAAGACUUUCUGGAGUCCUGAGCUCAAGAAGGAGAGAGUCUUGAGGAAAGAGGAAGCAGCCCGGAUGUCAGUACUCAAGGAGCAGAUGAGGGUUUCUCAUGAAGAAAAUCAGCACCUGCAGCUAACAAUACAAGCUCUUCAAGAUGAACUUCGAACCCAGAGAGACCUUAAUCAUCUUCUUCAACAAGAAAGUGGAAACCGAGGUGCUGAACAUUUUACCAUUGAGCUAACAGAGGAGAAUUUUAGAAGGCUCCAGGCAGAACAUGAUCGUCAGGCUAAAGAACUGUUCCUUUUGCGGAAAACUCUUGAAGAGAUGGAGUUGAGGAUUGAAACCCAAAAGCAGACACUCAGUGCCCGAGAUGAAUCUAUUAAAAAGCUUCUAGAAAUGUUGCAAAGUAAAGGCUUGCCAUCCAAAGGCAUGGAAGAUGACAAUGAAAGGACUCGAAGGAUGGCAGAGGCUGAAUCUCAGGUUAACCAUUUAGAAGUGAUUCUAGACCAGAAAGAAAAAGAAAACAUCCAUCUUAGAGAGGAACUACACAGAAGAACUCAACUUCAGCCUGAACCUGCUAAGACAAAGGCUCUUCAGACAGUCAUAGAGAUGAAGGAUACAAAAAUUGCUUCACUGGAACGAAACAUAAGAGAUCUUGAGGAUGAAAUCCAGAUGUUAAAAGCCAAUGGCGUUCUGAACACAGAGGACCGAGAAGAAGAGAUCAAACAAAUAGAGGUUUACAAAAGUCAUUCUAAGUUCAUGAAAAAUAAGAUUGAUCAGCUGAAGCAGGAACUUUCAAAGAAAGAAUCAGAACUUCUUGCCUUACAAACAAAGCUUGAAACCCUUAGCAAUCAAAAUUCAGAUUGCAAGCAACACAUUGAAGUGCUUAAAGAGUCACUUACUGCCAAAGAACAGAGAGCUGCCAUACUUCAGACAGAGGUCGAUGCACUGAGAUUACGCUUGGAAGAAAAAGAAUCGUUUCUCAAUAAAAAAACAAAACAGCUGCAAGACCUCACGGAAGAAAAAGGCACGCUGGCUGGAGAGAUCCGAGAUAUGAAAGACAUGUUAGAAGUAAAAGAAAGAAAAAUCAAUGUACUUCAGAAAAAGAUUGAAAAUUUGCAGGAACAACUUAGAGACAAAGAUAAACAACUGACGAAUCUCAAGGAUCGAGUGAAGUCAUUGCAGACUGAUUCCAGUAAUACAGACACUGCAUUAGCAACUUUAGAAGAGGCUUUGUCUGAAAAGGAAAGAAUAAUAGAGCGUUUGAAGGAGCAGCGAGAACGUGAUGAUCGAGAGAGACUAGAAGAAAUUGAAUCAUUUAGGAAAGAAAACAAAGACCUGAAAGAUAAGGUUAAUGCUUUACAAGCUGAACUAACAGAGAAAGAGUCCAGUUUAAUUGAUCUCAAGGAACAUGCAUCAUCUUUGGCAUCAGCAGGGCUGAAAAGAGACUCCAAAUUAAAGUCUCUAGAAAUAGCCAUAGAGCAAAAGAAAGAAGAAUGUAGUAAGUUGGAAGCACAGUUGAAAAAGCAAGCUGAGCAGUUGUUCAAUCAGAUGUACAAUCCAAAGCCAAUUAGGAAUAAUGGGAAACAAGGGGCUCAUAAUGUUGAAGACGAUUCAAGGAUGAACCCAGAAUUUGCUGACCGAAUAAAGCAACUUGAUAAAGAGGCAUCUUACUAUCGGGAUGAAUGCGGCAAAGCUCAAGCUGAGGUGGACAGGCUCCUGGAGAUCCUUAAGGAAGUGGAGAAUGAAAAGAAUGAUAAAGACAAGAAAAUUGCUGAGCUUGAAAGCUUGACUUCCAGACAUAUGAAGGAUCAAAAUAAGAAAGUGGCCAACCUUAAGCAUAAUCAACAAAUGGAGAAAAAGAAGAAUGCCCAAUUACUAGAAGAAGUUCGUAGGAGAGAGGAUAACAUGACUGACAACUCUCAUGACCGAAUGCAGCUAGAAGAAUUGAUGAAUGUGCUGGAAAAAACUAGACAAGAACUGGAUUCAACCAAAGCUCGCCUUGCCUCAACACAGCAGUCACUGGCUGAAAAAGAAGCACACCUGGCAAACCUGAGAAUUGAAAGGCGAAAACAGCUGGAGGAGAUCCUGGAGAUGAAACAGGAAGCACUGCUUGCUGCGAUCAGUGAAAAAGAUGCAAAUAUUGCCUUGCUUGAACUGUCGGCCUCAAAGAAGAAGAAGACUCAAGAAGAAGUAAUGGCCCUUAAACGAGAAAAAGACAGAUUAGUACAUCAGUUAAAGCAGCAGGUUUAUAGAUCUAAGAAACAGCCCCAGGGCACCAACAUACCAUCCACUUGUGAUGCUGGAUUCAUCACAGACAUUGCUGUGAAGUACCACGGGUCCAGCCAUGAUGCACACAUGAUCCAAAAGUCUCAGACACAGAACAGAAUGAAACUGAUGGCAGACAAUUAUGAUGAGGAUCAUCACCAUUACCACCACCAUCAUCACCACCACCAUCACCGCUCUCCUGGGAGGUCCCAGCAUUCCAAUCACAGACCCUCUCCAGACCAGGAUGAUGAGGAGGGCAUUUGGGCAUAACCGGCCCCCAAAACCAAAGUUCCAGUUUUGUCUUGAGGGUUAACAGAGGGGCUGGAUAAAGAAAAAGAAGAAAAAAAAAGGCAGCAAUGCAGAAAUAUUCUGACAAUCUAUUGCAGUGGAUCUCACAUCGCUCCCCACAACAGCCCGAAGUGGCUCACAGAAGAUGAGUUCACAUUUAUUUUAUCUGAUGAAAUGCUGCACAACAUGAUGUUUUCACCAUCAUUAUACAUCAACUGCCAUGAAGUUGAAUAUAUGGAAGGCAGAGGAGUGGAGGUUGAAACCUACAAGUCCUCCAUUUUCAUCUUCAGCAAGUUUUAUGCAUUUGGAUUUUGGCAAUCUGACCACCUGUGCCAAAUAUCAUUAUUUAAUAAAAUUUAGUUCUAAGCCUUAUUGUGAAAUGCUUUUUUGAUAAAUUAAGAUUGAGUUGAAUUGUAAUGUGUGUGAAUUUCAAUUUCAAAGCAGUAUCUUCAUUGCCACUGAUUCUGCAAAUUUUAAUCCAAGGUGUCAUUUCUAAGGCACUAGAUUACUGAAAAGGUAGAAAUGAAUUGGCAAUUAGUGUUAUCAGCACAAUUUUCCUUCCCAGUUAUGUGAGCAAACAAAUGAAUAUGUGAGAUUUUGCCCUCCUCUGUUUCUUUUUAGCUGCAAUUAAAAUAAUCACAUUUUGAUAGUAUAAACAGUAGUAUCUCUGGGCAAGGUUGGAAUUGAAAUCAAUUUUUGGAACCAAUAAGGUUGUGAAAACAUGGUGUGUGUGUGUGUGUGUGUGUGUGUGUGUGUGUGUGUGACAAUGCAUGGGGCAUCUAAAUUGAUCAUACAUAAUUUAAUGUACAGUGUUUAUAUAUUCAUGGAUGGUAAAAGCUAGAGGUCCCUACACACAUAUAUGUGAUAUGUUUACAUACUUGCUUAUAUCUGUAUUUGAACCUCAGACUUUUACCUUCCAGUGUCAUACGUGUUUCAUAUAAGAACUGGGACUCAAAUAUUUCACAAUAGGAAUUAUGUGAAAACAGUAUAUACAUUAGAUUUCAUGAAAAUAAAGGAUUAUUUACUGUUAUUUGGGGGUUUAAAAAACAUAAUCUCCAACAUGGAUCCAAAUGAAUUUUUGAUGUUAAACAAAUAAAAUCAUCCAAGGAUGAAGAGCAAUCAAAAGCUGUGCGUGUGCAUAUAUAUUUCUACAAAUGAUGUACGUGAAGUGAAGAUUCAACAUUUUAGCACAUGCCCAGGACAAGAAAUAGCAUUUUGAGUUCUUUACAUAUGGUGAUAUGGUACAAGUGAGAGUUAAGUCUAUUACUUCCUCUACAAAGGUAUACUUACAAUUUCAUUCAGCUCCUGAUUGAGUCUGGCAAACAUGUGCAAAUAUUCAGCUGUUAUAGUGAUGCAUUUUUAGUGUCAAUGGAAGAAAUACUUCCAUGUAAACAUGAGUGGGAGUGGAAUAGCUGUGUUUUUAAAGGACAAACAGUGAAUUUAAGCAUGAGUGGCCUUAAUAAUUCAAGUUAUUUUUCUUUGCUGCUGUGGAAAAGAAUUAUCAACUGAUACUCCUGAAGUCUUGCACUGAAUAUACUCAACAGUUAUUUUAAGUAUAGUGAAAUGUGUAGGCCUAUAAGUGUAACAUAAGUAACCCAAAUACAUUCAUGUUUAAAAGUUUGUCCUUUAAUGAUCUAAGUCAUUUUAGAUCUUUGUUUCGAAGAUUGUAAAGUUCUUGAGAGUUAAUUUAGCACAUAUGACAAAUGUUGCACUUGCAAAACACAGACAACAAACUGGUUUCCUAAGAAAAUUUUGGUGUCCUCGUAAGGGAUAAUACUUUGGGUCUCUUACAAUCAGGUCUUUACCUUAACUCUGCAACUGAAUACUUGAAGUAGGAAUUAAACUAGCAAAAAUUAGGGUCAACAAACUGUAUAGUUAGGAGUAUUUAUACCUAUGUGCCAAUUUUGUCAUAGGUAUUGUUUUAGGAGCAUUUUUGCUCCGUUUAUGUUGGUAAGAGUAUUAUUGAUUAAACUUUAUUAGGGCAUAUAAUUUAGUCCCUACAAAAAGUCCAAUUUUGUUGAAAAUAACUUUUGUUCCACUUCAUAUAAUAGUCUACAAUGUUUGAGGAAAAUCUUUUCAUACCUUAAAAAUAGAAUCUCUGGGUUUACAACAAACACUGUGAUGUUGGAAAAAUACUUUAUUUGAGUAAUGUUCAAUCGUUAAACACUCUCCAACUUCUCCCAAAGUUUAUCAAAGUGAAAUGAUGUUUGGGCUAACAUUUACAAUGAACGACUCUAAUUUUACGUGGAAUCAGGCAUGUACUUCAUUCAUAUUCUUUCUUUAAUUUCCAUGUACAACAUCAAUUUUGUAUUUAAAUUUUGUGUAUCUAGCAUGCAUGUAACUGCACAUUGACCUUCAUUUGAGAGUGGUUUCAAUUUAUUUUUUAAAUAGUGUUUCUGAUGAGACCUCAAAUGUGUUGACAUAAACUAUAUCUGCAGUGUUUUGUGUAGAAUGAUGUUUGAACGUGAUGUACUGCAAUAGUGGGCCUGUAAUCCUAUUUCCCUGAGACCUUCAUUUGAUAGUGCUUCUUGUAAUAAUUUCUUCAAGUGAGUGGCAUGUGGAUUGUGAUUAAUGAUAUGUGGUUAAGGACAUUGAUAUGAAACUAAGGAAUUCUCUGAAAUUACCAGUGGGCAUGUAUUAGACAGUCAUUGAAAUUUAAUGUCUAGUUAUGUAGUUUAAAGUACAAAGUUAUGUAGAAUUCAUAACAUUGUUAUGUGUAUGAGAAGUACUUACUGUUGAGCAGCUUGUUUAUAUUCAUCAAAUAAACUUUUUCUUUCUUUC